AAAUAUAUAUAUAUAGAACCGUUUCAGGCAAAACACAAAACACAGACAGUGAAAGUGAAACAACAAAGAUUGUACUAGUGGCAAUGGCAAAUGUUGGGGAGGAAGUGAGUAACAAGCAAGUGAUAUUCAAGGACUAUGUCACUGGUUUUCCAGAGGAAUCAGACAUGUACGUGAUCACAAGUACCAUAAAAUUGAAGGUUCCAGAGGGUUCCAAUGCUGUUCUUUUGAAGAACCUUUACUUGUCCUGCGAUCCCAUAAUGCGUAUCCUAAUGCAACCAGUUGUUCCUAGCGAUUUCUCCAGUUACACCCCGGGCUCUCCGUUAAACGGGUAUGGGGUGGCUAAAGUUUUGGAUUCUGGGCACCCAGACUUCAAGGUAGGUGAUUUAGUUUGGGGAGCUAAUACUAGAUGGGAAGAGUACAGCCUAACCACGGCAACCGAAAGACUAAAAAAGAUCAAGCAUACCGAUGUACCCCUUUCCUACUAUACGGGCCUUCUUGGUAUGCCUGGUGUGACUGCUUAUGCUGGUUUCCAUGAAGUUUGUUCUCCUAAGAAAGGAGAAUAUGUCUUCGUUUCAGCAGCAUCUGGUGCAGUUGGCCAGCUUGUUGGACAAUUUGCAAAAUUGUUUGGUUGUUAUGUUGUUGGAAGUGCUGGAAGCAAAGAAAAGGUUGAUCUACUGAAGAAUAAGUUUGGUUUUGAUGAUGCUUUCAAUUAUAAUGAAGAGCAUGACUUGGAUGCAGCUUUGAAAAGGUAUUUCGCAGAGGGCAUUGAUAUCUACUUUGAGAAUGUUGGGGGUAAGAUGCUUGAUGCAGUGCUCCUAAACAUGAGAAACCAUGGUCGUGUUGCUGUAUGUGGAAUGAUCUCACAGUAUAAUCUUGAUCAAACUGAAGGCGUGAAAAAUUUGAUGCACCUCAUAUUCAAGCGCAUCCAUGUUACAGGAUUUUCAGCUCUUGAUUACUAUCACCUCUAUCCCAAGUUAUUAGAUACUGUGCUGCCUUAUAUCAAAGAGGGGAAGAUAGUGUAUGUGGAAGACAUUGCCGAAGGCCUUGAAAGUGGUCCAGCUGCCCUGGUUGGACUCUUUAAGGGUCGCAACAAAGGGAAACAAGUAGUUGUAGUUGCUCGAGAAUAAUUCAGCCUAGUCUUUUAUAUAUACUUAUGUGCAGUGUCUUCCUAGUAUAGGUUGCAAAGUAAGUGUUUUGAGGUUUAAUUGGUCCAAACUCAAUGGUUUGUUGGGUUGAAAAGAAUAAAAACAUUGUAGGUAAUUGUAAUUCCCGUUUGUUAUGAGUGUAUACUCCCUGGAAUAGAUGAAAGGGAAGAGAAUUUGUAGUGUGGCAGUAAUGCUUUGGUGUAUGUAUUUCCUUGUAACUUUUGUUUUAUGGUUGUGAAGAGGAGAAGACACUGCAAUUUACUUACUGUUGUCCUUGAGGAAAUAAUUAUUAGCAUCAUUCAGGUUGCUCCA